GACGCCCUCCCCUCAGUCCAGGCAUUGAUCUAUAUGACUUCAGAAGAAAAAAGGAUAUAACAGUACUUACCUUCUCCUUGGUGAGUCGAAGUGGGCUUCCGUCCUCCCUUUCCUUGCCGCGCUGACUCUUUUUUAUCAGUAUUCGGGAUGAGCUUCGUUCCGGUCUUGAACAUCGGAUAGAACAGGGGAUGCCAGUCUCAAAGCUUUCCCUCGCAGCUCGAACCUCGAGCCCCAGAGAAAGGGCUGUAGUUUCAUUUCCAAAUCCAAGGAUAUAUUUUUUUUUUACUAUUAAUCAACAUCCAACCGCCCUUAAGUGCAAGAAAGAGCUUUCGGCAGCAAGUCUACAAGCCACUGCAGUGAGGUGUUGGUCAACAUCUCGUAUUGAGAUCUUAAUGCCAUAGGUAAACAUUCUUGCCAUUCGUCGUAAAAGCCUUGUCUUUGUAUUGUCCUAAAUAAGGGAAGGUCGCUCGAGGUAGAGUCCACAGGCAUACUUCGAAGGAUGUCUUUCCCCCCUUCCUGGUUCCUUUUGAAGACCCAUAGUAGCCGAAAAGCACCAUUCUGCACAAUCAGAAUAAAAGAGUGAAUUUCUACAAUUAGUAUCAAAGUUUCUAUGAACAUUAAGAAUCUCGUUCCUACAGCAACCAACUUUCAUCGUACUAUGCUCUCCAAAGAGCAAUUCUUCUCAAAAGGUGCUGAGUUGGAAUCCCAUUCUAAAGGUGGCUUCAAAGCUAUUCUUUCUAUAGCGCUUGCUUUUCUCGGGAAUUUCGCUUAGCCCUUUAACCAGCGCUUUUCGAGGGAAUUGUUUCUAAGCCGACAAAGGCACUGUUUCGCUUACCGACACCGCUCGCUAACCGCUUACCUUCUGUGACCCUUCCAUCGGCGGGCCGUGGCUUAGUUUUAGAGGUUAGUUACACAUCUAUCUCACUUGUAACUACCUGACAUAGGCUAUCAGACUAUUGAGAUUAACCCGAAACCAGAGUCGCCAACGGCACUCUGUCUUGUGUGCUAAGAGAAAGUCUUCGGUACAACUCUUCUUUUCUCCGUUCACUCCUCUCCUUUAGGUCUUUCACCUAGAAGAUCAACCACUGAUGGAUCAAAUGGAACCAGAUAAACUACUCGAUCAACGGGUUCCGAAGAGGCCACUUCUACUUAUCUUCACGUUUAUGCUGGUGAAUCAACUGAAACUUCCUUCAUCUCUGUCCCUGCAACUAUAGGAUCUGUAAGCGGACAAAGGAAAGCUGAAACGGGCAAUGGCUUUCUAACUUCUUCUUCACUACGGGUAGUUCCUAGCUAUGCUUGUUCUCCCGCCCCUGUCUACGAUGCCUAUGCCUACUGAGCCUAUGUUCUCUCUCCUGCUCGGCCAACUCAAUCAACCGGUGCUGCUUCCAAGGGUCACUAUUGAUGCUUAAACUGGCAGAUCAACCUCAUCAAUAAAAACUGGAAUUGGAACCGCGCGAGGGGGAGCCCUGUUCUCUAACCAUCCAAUUGGUCAUAGUCUGCCAAGAGGGCUUAAAAGCGCCUAAGGAUUUUCUGCCAUAGUCCUUCAUUAAGUUACAUAGUUGUUUUCACAUUAGGAGUAUCUUUAGGCAGUCCCGUGAAAGAAGUUCUCCCUCAAGGGGACUUCUUAUUCUUUCAUAAGAGAAGCCCCUUUUUUCUGGAUCCAUAUCACAUCAAUAACUCUACCCCUACCACCUAUAGGUAGUUUUAGACAAGUUUCCUUUGAAGUGGAUACCUGAAUGCCAAGUAUGGCCCGUAAUAAUCUAUCUUCUGGGGCAUACGAUGAUUCUUUCGCCGUCUGGGGAGUUAAUUUACCUACUAAAACAUCGCCCGCCUCUACCCAAGAUCCCAGCAUCACAAUUCCAUUUUUGUCUAAAUUGCGGAGUAAAUGGGCUUCUAGAUGCGGUAUUUCGUUAGUGAUCCUUUCGGGUCCUUGUCUUGUCACAUGAGUCUGAAUUUCAUAUUUCCGUAUGUGAAAAGAAGUAUAAAUAUCUUCAUAUACCAGACGCUCGCUAAUGAGUACUGCAUCUUCAAAAUUGUAACCUUCCCAUGGCAGAUAAGCUACUAAUACAUUUUUACCCAAAGCGAGUUCGCCACCAACUGUAGCGGCACCAUCCGCUAAAAUUUGUCCUUUUUUAAUGCAUUUACCCCGCGGAACCUGGGGUUUUUGAUGCAUACAAGUAUUUUUGUUGGAACGUUGAUACAUAACUAAUGGAAUGCUUAAAGUAUCUCCAUUGCCCAAUAAAAUAAUCUUGUCAGUAUUGGUAUAAAUGAUCUUUCCCUCGUCUUCGGCUAGAGCGGUAACCCCUGAAUCUAGAGCCGCUUGGCGUUCCAACCCAGUUCCAACAAUGCACUUCUCGGACCGAGAAAGUGGAACUGCUUGGCGUUGCAUAUUCGAAGUCAUUAAAGCUCGAUUCGCAUCAUUAUGCUCGAUAAAAGGAAUGAGAGAAGGACAGACGAGACAAGGAAGCCUUCCGUUGAUUGUACGUUUACGCUUUGUUUAAGCAGCUUUGAAUGCGCUUUCUAAUCCCCUUCUGUAAAGAAAGGAGAACAGAGAGGCUAAGGCUAACUAACUUACAUGAUUUCAACUAUGCCUGAAAAGUGAACAAGAAGAGUGUUCACUGGUAGCUAAUAUUGAAAGAGAAGAAGCCGUUCCUUCGCUGCUUGCUUUGCGCGCUAAGAGCUUUCUUUCCUUGCCAAAGUUAAGAGCGGAAGGAUGGAAUAGAAAGAGAGAAGGACAUUGUUCAGAGUGAAACUGAACCAAACGCCCUCUCUCUGUAGGAAUCGCUAUCUAUGCCACAAGGCUAAUCUGCGUCAAGCUGGAUCUCCUAGUUCGGGUAUGAAUUCAUUCUCAUUCGAGAAGUCCCUCUUAGGUAUAGAAAAGAUAUAGUACCAAAAAGCUAGGGGACUACCUAUGAGUAUACCUAAUUCCUUCUGUGAAAAGCUAAAAAGUUUUGUCUGGGUUCAAUUGAGAAUUGCCCUAAGAUUGAUGGUUUGACCUCGAAGAACUUUCGCAAGUUGAAAGUGACAUCUUUGUGGGUUCGGCCCUAAGGUGUGGAUCAUCGGGUUUUUUCUAGACUAGACCUUCGGGAUUUUUUUUAGGAUUCAUACAUGCAUUGAUCCAGUCGGAGAACCUGCUCCAGAGCGACUACUCAGCCUAGCGUAUCCUCCUGCCCGCCCCGGGUUCUCUCUGCUCGGUUCCACAAUCAAUCCCAGAUCCAUCCAUUUGAGGGAGGUCCAAUUCCGCGCUCUUCUAAUUGCUUAGAAGGGUUCACAAACUCCUUUACAUCUAGGGCUCAUCGAAGCCCUAUAAGUUCUGUAAAUUUAGGAACAGGGCUAUCAAAUGGUCGACUGCGAAACCGGUUAAAAAAAUCGUAUACUUGAACGAUGCCCUCUAUCGGCGAUCGUUCGACGGACUACUUUUGCGAUGUCUGUCACAUGAAGAAGCUCAGCAAGCCUUGCAAGAAGUACACGCUUUACUAAUAAAGAGGGGCAUAGUAUUAGUGGUUUGCUGGGUUGGUUUUGCUCUCUACCUUCUCACGGGGGAUGGAAAGAAGAGAGGUCAACUGGAGUGGAAGCCAAACGAGGGGGCCGAGAAUCUGUGAUCGAUCCGAAGAACCACUGCCAGAUACGAUUCUGCUCCCCCUUCGUACUACCAAAAAAUGAGAUUCUUUCCUUCUUUCGGCUUAAGAAGGCUGCGGUGAUAAUGAGGAUCACUUCGGAACUCUAGGAGAAUGGGCGUUUUAGGGCGGGAUCUAAAAGCUCUCCAACGUGUUGCGGAGCUUUCGGACGUGAGACGAGAGGGUCUUUUGGCUUCCUCAGGGCCAUAUGAAGCUUAGCUUGCUUUAACAGCCACGUGAUGAUUCAAGUUCGGGGUAGGCGUAGGAGCUGGGCGAAGCGGUAGCGAAGCUCAGGUGGUGAUGCAAGUGCGCGGUGAGCGUAGUUGCCCCCUCGGGCAUGCUCCUUGUACAACCAAGCAAAGAGCUAGUGAGGGCCGGAAUGGAAUAUCGUAUGUAGUGUAGAAUCGGAUCUGAAGCUCUUUACUAGGAUUGGAACAAGCGAGGAACGAGUGACCACAAGCUCCGCUUAAGCGCUCGACAUGCAGUUAGCUCAAAACAUGUUCAUCAUGUGGCCGAGCGAAGCGCACCUGUGUGAAGCAGCCUAGCAUCACUUUAGAUAGGAGCAGAAUGGAUGACUUACAACUGAAAGUAAGUUCUCCGGAUCGAUAUAUCGUACGACGUAAUGGAGAUCUUGGUCUAGAUCCGGUGGUUCGCAGAAUUCGGGACCUAAGGAUGUUCGGUCCGUCACAUGAACGGGAGCGGACGAUUCCCUCGUCUCUCCCGUUUCGGGGAAUGGCUGCAAUCAUAACCAAGUGAUUGAAUGAGUGGGGGUCUCCGAAAGCACAUGCAGGAUAAGCAGGUGUUUCAGGAGACGGUCUAAAAAAGUAUCCGGUCCUGAAAGAAAAGAUAACUCUCAACAAGCUGGAACUAAUAAAGAUCAAUAAAUAGGAAUAGGAGUUAGCUAGGAAUAGGAAUCCAUUGACAAAGUUCAUGCCACGACGAUCUAUAUGGAAGGGCAGUUUUGUUGAUGCAUUCCUGUUGAGAAAGUUUUCUUUUUCUUUUUUUCUCCAACUCCGGAUGAGUUUGAGGCAUCCGGCGCCUUUUUUGAAGACUUUUUUUUGCGCUCCUAUCUCUAAAGGGCGAGGGUGGGGGCUUGGUGGAAGCCCCUCCAAGAUGCCCGGUAAACUCGGGCUCGGGCGGCCUUUGCCUUCAUUUCUUGAAGAGCACGAGGUCACCUCUUCAUCAAUAA